AUGUUAAAUAAGCAACAAUCAAUAUAUUUAAUUUCUCCAAAUUGUUCUUCAAAAAACCAACAAAUUUUUGCAGAUUUGGCACUUAAAUUGUUGUUACUUGGAUUAGCUUUAGUUUUGAGUAUUUUGAUUGUAACACUUUUGGUUUUGUUAUUUAUUUGUAAAAGAAAACAGAAAAGGCAAAAAAGAAGAUUAGAAAAUCAAACUGAGGAAGGGAAAAAGCAACCCAAUUUUGGAGAUAAUUUUAAAAGCGAAUCAUUCAUUGUUGUCGGCCAGAAAUUAACAAAAUGUUCACAGCAAAAUGGGUUUUCUGCUACUUUUUCCCAACCUAAACAACAAAAUUUAAAUAAAGAAAUUGAAAAUUCACCAAAAACUCCCUCCCCAUUGAAUGCUUCAGAAUAUUUAGAUUUGGAGGAAGAGAGAAGAAAUGGUCCUAAAAGCAUUAUUCGUUUUGAAAAUUGUGGAUAUAAUUUGAAAACUUCCAAACAAAAACGAAAUUCCAACAACCGAAAAGACAGUAUUAGACCAUCAAUCACGACUUCUUCCUUUGUAAAUACAAAUGGAGCAUUAAAAAUAACCGUAAAUGACGAUAGUGGUUAUGAAGAUUCUACUUUAGAUUUAAAUGAUUUUAAAUUAAUUAAUAAAGAAAGUCCUCUUCAAAUGAGAAGAUUCCAAACAAACACAAUGGAAAAAGUUUUAGAAAAUGAAAAUGAAAAGAUUUAUGGAGAAUUUGAAGUAUGUCUUGGACAGCAAACUAUGUCCACGUUAAGGCCUCGUUCAACAACUGCAGAAUUACCUGAAAAUAUUAGAAAAAAUCGUUUUUAUGAUAUUUUGCCUUUUGAAUUUAAUCGAGUAAAACUUAAAUGGGCAAAUAAUGCUUAUGGAGGUACUAACGGAUGUAGUGAUUAUAUUAAUGCCAGUUAUAUUAAAACAGAAGAAAGCAAAAUUAAUUUAACAAUUCCUCCAAAAUAUAUUGCUGCUCAAGGACCGAUUGGUCAAUCAGAAGCUGUGGAUGGAAGAAGAGUGGAAACUGUAAAAGAUUUUUGGGAAAUGAUUUGGCAAGAAAAUAUUAAUUGUAUAGUUAUGUUAACACAAUUAUCUGAAGGUGUUAAGCAAAAAUGUGCUCAAUAUUGGCCAGAAUGCCCUGGAGAAUCAGAACAAUUUGGAAAUGAUUUUACUGUUCAAUUUUAUUGUGUUACAGAGGAUGAUAUUUGUAUAAAACGAGAACUUUGGUUACACAGGAAAGGAGAAAAAGACAGAAAAGUAAAAGAAAAUAUAGUUCAAUCCCAAUAA